AUGGAUGAAUUAGGGGAAAAUUGUGCAGAAAAAGAAAAAAAUAAUAAAUUAUACUUUUAUUAUGAAAAUAAAUUAAAUUUAUAUAAUGAUAAUUUGUUUGAAAAUAUAAUUAACAAUACAAACAAAGAUUUUAAUUUUAAUGAUAAAAAUUCGAGAAAGCUAAUGACUAAUAUAAGUUUAACGAAAAAUACUAAUGAUUUAUUCAAUAUUCGCUUAUUAGAAGAUGAAAAAAAUGAUAUAGUAUAUAAAAUGAAAAAUAACAACAGUAAUAUUAGUAAUAAUAAUACAUAUUCAAAAGAAGGAAAAAACAGCGAUAAAACCAAUUUGCAAAAUAACCCUGAUAAUUUAUUGAAAAAUAUUAAUAAUAUUAAUAAUAAUAAUAAUGAAUAUAUGUUCAACUAUUUAAAUGUGUAUAUAAAUAAAAAAAUAAAAAACAAACCAGGCGAUAAUAACACUAACAACACCAGCACAAGUAUUAAUAAUAGCAACUUAGUUGCUGAGCCAAACAAUAUAAUGAACAAUAAAGACAUUUCCAAAAUAACACGCAUCACGAUUAAUGAUGUUAGUGAUUUUAGAAAUGUUAAAAAUACUAGUUCUGAUGAAAAUAAUAUUGUUAAAGAUACAAGCAUAUUAGCAUCGGGAAUAUAUAAAGUUAAUUCUUACCAAAAAGAUAAAAGCAAUAAUAAUGCAAAUGAUAACACCACACAUAAUAGCAAUGUUAAUACAUCUUUAAAUGUGCGCGCUGUUCCAAGCACUUGUGAUAGUAGCGUUAAUUUUCAUUGUAAUAAAAUAUAUCCAUUUGAUGAUAUAGAGAAAAAUCAUGAAAUGAAAGAAAAUAAUAUAAAUAAUAAUGAACAAACUAGAAAAUGUUUUAAUAGCGAUACAUAUUUUACUAAUGAAAUGAAUAUAAAUAAAAUGGGAAAUAUUAAAAAUAGUGAUAAAGUUUGCAAUUUUAUAAAUUGCUCAAAUGAUAUAAAAAAAAAUGUAAUGAUAAAUCCUGAUUUUCAGGGAAAAUUAAAUUCAAUUACAACUGAUAGAAAAAUGGGGGAUAAAAUAUUAUUUCAAGAUGAAAAUAAAAUUUAUAAAAAUUUUCGUUUUCCUCAAUCUACUAAUACUAAUAUAGAUGGGAAAAAUCUAACGAAACAAAAUCAAAACAUUAAUUCACAAGAUUGUGAAAAUAAUGUUUCAACAUUUAAAAAAAAUAAUAUAAAUGAUAAUCCAACAAAGUUUGUAAGUAAUGAGCAUGUCAGUGAUAAUAACCUUACCAAUAAUACAGAUAAAAAAAUACAAAAUAAUAAUAUCAGUUCUUAUGCUACGAACCCAGGUAUUAAACCCCCCUCUUUAACACAAAAAGAUAAACUUCAAAGAAUAGAAGAUAAGGAAAAUUACAAAAGUUUUCUCAAUGUUAUAAAUAAAAGAAUGGAAAAUUUUUCUAGAGCUAAAAAUAUGAUUAGUGCAGAAAAUUUAUACAAAAAACCUGACUGUUCAGAAAAAGAUGAAAAUAUUCAUAUUCGCCAUGAAGAAAUUGAUAAAGAAAAAAUAGAGAAUACACAUAAACAUAAUAACAAUGAAAUAAAUAAAAAUAACUGCACAUUAAAUGAUAGUAAAAAAAGUAGUUGUAAUAAUAGUCGUAGUAGUAGUAUUGAGAAUGAUAAUAAUAAUAAUGUAAAAAAUACAAAUUUAGAUGACUCUAAAAUUAUAUAUGAUCAACAUAAAUUGAAUAAUAAUCAAUCAGGAAAUUCUUCUAUGAAAUCAUUAGAAAGAUAUACACAAAUCUAUCCAUAUUCAGAAGGUGUUGAAACAAAUAUAUCCAAUAAUAAUAAUUCUACUUCAAAUAUGGAAACAUUAAAUAAUACAUAUAUUUUUUCAUCUCCAAAAUCAGGUAAUUAUAACAACAAUCAAUUAAAAAGAAUUAAUGAUAACAAUAGAUGUAAUAAUAACACAUGUAAUCAAAUAUUAUCAAACAUUAAUUAUAAAGAUAAUAUGCAUAAUAGUAAUUUAAAUAUGAUUGAAGAAGAAAUAAAAAGGGAACAAUUAUUAGGUAAUAAAAACCAACUUAAUAUAAUUCAUCAAAAUAAUUUAACCAAUUAUAUAGCAUGUGGUGAUAUUAAUCUGAGUAAUGACAAUAAUAUUGCCCCAAAAAAUAGUCCAAAUAAACAAAUUAUAUAUAAAGAUGAAUUUAAUGUAAAUAAAGGUAAUCUUAUUGAUAAUAUUAAUCAUGGCCCCAUUUUUAACAAUCCUGAUAAUUAUACAAAUAGAGAAAAUUGCUAUAACUCUAGAAAAGAAUACUUUAUCAAUGAAAAUAUUAACAACGCAAUGUUUAGUGGUGAUUAUUUAAUGACUUAUUCAGGAAAAAAAGAUCCUCUUGAUAUUGAAGAUGGAAUGAGAGAUGAAAAUAAUUUUGUAAAUUCUGAUGAAUAUUUUACUAAUCAUUAUGGUGGGGAAACUCGAAUAAAGGACUCUCAAUUUUUUGGAAAUAAAGUAUAUCCAAUUAUGAACAGUACAUGCCGAUAUAAUAAUACUCCAACUCCUAAAGAAAAUGUUAUUGGAGCUCAUAAUAGUAAAAAUGAUAAUUUAUUUUGCUUGAACAGCAAUAAACAAUGUGCUCAAAUAAAAAACUAUAAUAAUAGUACAACCAUGGAAACAACUGAUUCGUUUAAUAAUAUUUCCUCCGUUGGCUCUAAAUAUAAUUUUUUAACUGAAGCUCCCAAACACCAAAACAAUAGCAAUCAUAAUAAUAACGACGCAAAUAUAAAUUCAACAUUAAGUGCAUUUAACGAUUGUGCAAAGGAUGGAAACGACAAUCGAAGUAAUAGUGGGAAUUGCGCAUUUGGUGAUCGAUAUUAUUCACAGCCAAAUUAUGAUAAUAAUAAUAAGAUUGCAUUAAAAAAUGUUAAGCAUUGCGAUAAAAGCGUUUUAAAAAGUGUCGAUAAAAAUGUGCAGCACAAAAAUUAUCAUCAUAAAAGUUUCCAUAAAAAAUUUCAUGAAGAUUUACCACAUUCAGAUCAUUAUAAUUUAGCUAAUUCAAUUUCUAGCCCUAAUAUUUUCAGCAAUGUAGUAAAUACAAAUUAUUUUGGAACCCAAAUUGGAGAAUUAAAAAAAGAAAAUCUUAAUGAUAUAACGACUGAAUAUAAUAAAAUACCUAAUAAUAUAAUUUCUACUUCAUAUGAAAUGCCUAUAUAUACUCAAAGCGAUCAAAUUAUAAAUGGAUUUGCUAUAGACAACAAUAAUAAUAUUGAAAAAAAUGCAAACUUAAAUGAACAAAUUUUGAAAAAAAAAACGAAAAAAAAAUACUUAUUUAAUUCUAAUGAAGAAGAAAAUAAUAGUAGUGUUCAAGGAUGUAGUAAUAAAAGAAAUUAUAGUAAUAGUAUUGAUGGGGAUAGUAUGAAAAGUGUUGAUAGCGGUAGAAGUAUUUGUAGCAAAUUAGAAGGAGGAAUAGCCACAUUACCUUCACGAAAUAAUUAUAAUAAUAACAUAAUAGAUGAUAAAAUAAAUGGGAAUAUUAUUACAUCAUUUACAACACAUAACAAUAUAUUGAGUAAUAUAUCUGAAGAACAAGGUACAGGCUGCUCUACUACAUGUAAUAGUGAUAUUGGUAAUUCUAUACAUAUUUUUAAUAAUAAUAAUAAUAAUAAUAAUAAUAAUAAUAAUAAUAAUAAUAAUAAUAAUAAUAAUAAUGAUAAUAAUAAUAAUAAUGAUAAUAAUAAUAAUGAUAAUAAUAAUAAUAAUGAUAAUAAUAAUAAUAAUAAUAAUAAUGAUAAUAAUAAUAAUAAUGAUAAUAAUGAUAAUAAUAAUAAUGAUAAUAAUAAUAAUGAUAAUAAUAAUAAUGAUAAUAAUAAUAAUACUAUAGAUAAAAAUUCUGAAUGUAAUAAAAAUCACUACAUUUCAAACAUAUAUUAUGAACAAAAUUUAAAAUCAGAGGAAGAUGGUACAUAUACAAAAUGUAAUAAAGAUCGAAAUACGAUAUUUUGCAAUACUAGGGAAAAUAAUAAUUUAAUGAAAAAAAAUAUAAAAAGUAAUGUUAAAACAUAUUUUAUUUUAGACAAAAAAGAAAAUAUAAAUGUAACUCAAAAUAAUAGAUCUAAUAUAAUUCAAAUUGAAAAUAACAAUGAUGCAUCUAGAACUUCUAUAAAAAAGGAGACACUCUUUAGUGAAUUAGAUUCUUCAAAUACUCAUAAAUAUAAUGAAAUACAUACUAGAAAUCCUGAAUACACAACCUCUGAUAAUAGAAUUAGAAUAAAUAACAAUGCUAAACAAGUUAAUCUAUCAAUUGAUGGUAGUUCUACUACUCCAAAUUUUUCAAAUAUGGCCCAUAUGAAUAAUUCGGAUUGUGGUCAAGAUCCUCUUCAAUAUCCUUCCAAUAUGUUUAUAUCAAAUAACAAUGCAUCUAAUAAUAAUGUAAAUGAAAAUAAUAAUCAUUGUAUAAAUUCUACUAGAAUGGGAAUUAACAGCUUCGAUAAGAUAAAUUAUUCAAAUUGGAAAAAGGGCAGUGGAAUUGUAAAGGAAAUGGAAAUGAAUAAAUACCCAUAUAAAAAUUCGAUACAUAUAGAUAAUAAUAAUAAUAAUAAUAAAAAUAAUAAUCAAAUUAAUUAUAUGAAUAUAUUACAUGAUUCAAUUAAAUAUUCGACUAAUAAUAAACAAGAUGCAUAUACAAAUAAAUAUGUGAAUAUGAAAAUUAAAAAUAUGGACGAAAAUAUGAAUAUUGACUAUACCAAUAGACGUUUUGUUAAUAAUAAUGCUACUUUAAAAAAUACAUUAUGUAAUAAUAAUGGAUCGCAUUUAGUUAUAAAUACAAAUUAUUUAUUUCAAGGAAAUGGAAAUAUAAUUAAAAAUAUACACCUUGGAACAAAUGAAUACAGCAUUGAAAUGGAAGGAAAACCAGACCAUCCUGAUACAGUCUCGGGAGUUAAUACCAAAAUUUCUAAUACUAUAAAAGAAAACAAAAAUAUUAUAUCAAGGAAAAAUGUCGGUGCAAACAAACUAAUGCACAACUUUGAUUUUAACCUAAUAGAAGGAAAUAACAUUGAUAACAACAAUUCUAAAAUAAAUAAGUUGGUGGCAUUCAAACGGAAUAAUGAUUCUAACAAUUUAUUAGAAAGUAAUGAAAAACAAAAUCUCAAAAUAAGUCGUUCCAGUGAAGAAGCUAACAAUUCUGAAACACAUAUUAACAAUAAAAAUAAAAUUUAUACAGAAACAAGUUUGAAAGGAGUAAAUAUGAACAAUAAUGGUAUUAUUAAUCGAAACACGGUAGCGAAUUAUAAAGUUAAUAAUAUUCUUAUAAAUGAUAAAUUAAAGAAUAUAUUAUUGAGCAAAAAUUUUAAUAAUUUUUUAAUAGAAAAUGAUAAUAAAAUUGCUAUUCGAAAUUCUAUUAAUAAUCCUUAUUCCAACAUUGGAAAUAUUAAUACUAAUAAUGUGGGAAGAAAUAUUGGUGAAAAUGAAAAUGAAGCAUGUCUAUCAAAUGCUACUACCAUUGCAGUUCUAAAAAAUUCUAAUGUAUUGUCUGGAAAUAAUAUUCCAAAAUUAAAGGAAUCAUAUAAUUACUAUUCACAUAUAAAGCCUUAUAUUCCUUCUAAUAACAAUGUAAUAAAUAAAAAAAUAACAGAAUUUUCAGAAAAUAAUAAAAUACAAGAUAUAAAUGGAAUUUAUAAUAACCAUAUUGGACAAGGAAAUACAGUAAUUGAUACAAAAAAAAAUAUUUCUAUGAAUAUCAAUAAAGAAUAUAAUAAUAAAUAUGUAUCAUAUAUAAAUAAAUCUAUAGGUUCUUCUCCCAAUACUAAUAAUAUUCUAAAUUAUAUAGAAUCAGUAUAUAAUAUAUAUCCUCCCCUUUUAAAUGCAAAAAAUAAAAUAAAUAGAGAUGAAAAAACAUGUGGCACUAACUUUAACGAUAAUGUUAUUAAUAUACAUAAUCAACAACGACAAAUUUCGAAAAUUGAAAAUGAAAAUAAAUAUUAUAAUAAUAUAAAUGCUCAAGAAGGAAUUAAUAAAAAAAUAGUUAAUCUUAAUUUUCAAGAUAUUCUCAUAUGUAAGCAAAAUAAUUUAAAUAUAGAUAAAGUUAAUAAAAAAAAAUAUGAUCCGAAUUUUAGUAAUUAUGGAAAUUCUAGUGGAAUAGCAUCUAUGAAUAAUAAAAAUAUUGAUAGGCAAUUUACAAACGGAAAAAUAUCAAAUACACCUAUUAAUGAUAUAAAUAAUAAUAGAAACAUAGUUAGCAAGUCUCCCAAUAAUUUCCAAACUGGAGGCGAUAUAAAUAAAUCUAGAAUUAAAGAAAAUGAUUUAUUUUCAUCAAUUAAUAAUAUAUCAUCAAAAUCUUCAUGUAAUGAUAUGCAUAUUUCUCAUCAGGAAAAUUUUCAAGAAAAACGACCAAUAAUAUAUGGAGAUACUAAAAUUCCAAAAGAAAAAAAAAUAACUUUAUUAGGAACUGGAAAUAAAAAUUCUGUUCACAUUUCAUGUGUUAGUGGAGUUAUAGGAUCUAUAGAAAAUAAUAAUAUGUCAUCAAUUUAUUCAAAUUUAACAAACUCAAAUUCCUAUUUUCAAAAUAGAGGAGAAAUAACCACUAAAAAUACGAUUUCUUAUAACCCGACUCACAAUAAUAAUAAUAACAAUAAUAAUAGUGGCAUGAACAGUCAGGCAAUUGUGGGAAUAAAAAAUGAAAAUAAGCUAAUUAAUAAUAGAAAGGGACUAGUUCUUUCAAGUAAUCAUAAUAAAAGAAUAGAUCAAACUGAUGAUAAAAAAAUCGAAAAUAUUUGUAAUAAUAAAAAAGGAGUAAUAAUGCAUGAUAUAAAUAAAAAUAAAUUUUAUGAUAUAUUUUUGUGUAAUAAAAAAAAUUAUAUUUCAAACAAUAACAAUAAUCUAUAUACCAAUUUAAAUAAUAAUAAUAAUAACAUGCGAAGUACAAUUCAAAAUGCAGAAUAUUUUUAUUCUAAAAUGAUGCAAAAUAAUAACUUGACUAGAUAUAAUGACGAAUUAAUAAAAACUACCGAUAGAAAUGAUGCUGUAAAUGUAGUCGAUUCAAACAGCAUUUCCCCAUCGACAACUUCAUUACCCAAUAAUUCUCCAAACAUAACAAAAACAGAAAUGGAAAAUUUGAAUAAUAAUUGUAUAAAUGAAAAAGAUCUAAAUUAUUACAAAAAUAUUAAUUAUAAAAAUAUGGAUGCCGAUAAUUAUGUUUUAUAUCAUCAACAAGAAAAAGACAAUUCAGAAAAAUAUAUCAAAAAUAGAAAUUACAUACCUAACGAUAAUAAUAUAAAAAUAAAAUCCAUCCACAAACAGAAUAAUGAUCAUAAUUCUCAUAUCCUUCGCAAUAUCAAUAUGAAUGCAAAUAUUACGAAUAAUAAUCUUAUAAUGAAUAAAGGAGUUAUAAAAAAUUUGGGAAAUAUUACAGAUAAGCCAGUGAAUUAUUUUAACGAAAAUCGGUAUUAUAUGAAUGAGAUUCAGCAACAAUCAAUUAUUGGUAAUAAAUAUGAACCACAUAAUAAUGAAAAUAAUUCUAAUAUAGGAAGUGGAAUUGUUUUAAAUACAAUUGAAAGUAAUAAUAAAAAAGAAGAAUAUGACGAAAAUGUUUUUCGUAUAUCUAAAAGUCAAUUUGUUAGUCUUGAAAAAGAUAUAAAAUAUCUACAAUCAUUAACAUUACAUAAUAUUAAUUCAAAAGAUUUAUAUUUUGAAGCAUAUGAAGAAAAAGAAAUAUUUCCAUAUGAUCAUAACGGAGUUGAAGCAAAUACAAAUUAUUAUUUUAACAACAGCGAAAAAAAAAAUAACGAAUAUAUUUUUAUAAAUGAUCAUGGAAUUAAUGAUUCCAAACUAUUUAAUAAUACAUCUGCUAAUGAUAUUUCUAAUAAUGGAUCUGGAAGCUGUGUAAAAAAAGAAAUGAAAAAAACCAAGGUAUAUACAAAUAAAUUAAAUACAUCGUUAAAAUACACUGUUAUAGAAGAAGGAUCAUUUGGUGUUGUAUAUAAAGGAUGGUAUAAAAAUAUGCAUGUAGCAGUAAAGGUUCCAGUUGAAAAAAUGGUAAAACAAGAUCCUUAUGGAUUAACAAAAAGAUCAAUAAAUGAAUGGAAAAUAUUAUCAAAAUGUGAACACCCCAAUAUUAUAAAAUUACAUGGUGGUAUUAUACAUAGUUAUUUUGAUAUUUGGCUAGUUACAAAAUUAAUAAAUGGUUCUGAUUUGCAUACAAUAAAAAAUAAUAUGAAUAAAGAAGAAAAAGUACUAAGUGUAGAUAUAUCACUAAAAAUGUGUAGACAGCUAGCUGCUGUUAUUAAUUUUUUACAUACACCAAUUAAAAAUAAAAAAAAUGUUAUAAUACAUAGAGAUAUAAAACCUGAAAAUCUAAUUAUAGAUAGUGAUUGGAAUAUACAUUUAUGUGAUUUUGGGGAUUCAGAAGAAACAGAAGAUGGAAAUGUAUCAAAUGUAUCCGGAGCUACUUGGAUAUAUGCCCCUCCAGAAUUAUUAACAUGCCAUCCAUUAAAACAAAGUAGCGAUUAUAAUUUUUUAGAUUAUGCUCAAUUAUCAUAUAAAUGGGAUAUAUGGUCAAUGGGUUGUGUUUUUCAAGAAAUGAUGAAUUUGCCAUCCCCUUUUCAACAUUAUAUUAUUUCUUUUGAUGAAUCAGAUCAAAUAUAUGAAAAACUUGUUGAUGUUUUUACAAAGAAAUUACCACCUUGUAUCCAUUCAAAAAUUGACAAUUCACCAUUUGCUGAUAUUAUUAAGUUAUGUUUAAAUUACGACCCCAAUUUAAGACCAACAGCUAAAGAAAUCGUUGAUUUACUCAAUCAGCCAAAUGAGUAUUUGCUCCUUAAGAGAAGGUAG